AUGGCUCCAGCUAAACCCUCCCGUGCUGCCAAAACUGCACCUCCCGCAUCGGAGACGCUUCCCGAAAGGACCUUCAUCAUCGACAAUGGGGGGUAUAGCUUGAAGGCGGGAUAUAGCCCGACGUCCAGCUCCGAUCCCCUCGCCUCUUGCGCGGUUGUCCCAAACGCACUUGCAAAAACUCGAGAUAAUCAUAUAUACACCGGCCUAGAGCUCGAAACCGACAUAUCAGACUGGAAUGAGGUUAGCUUCCGCCGUCCCGUUGAGAAGGGAUACCUGGUCAAUUGGGAAGCCCAACGGGAGAUAUGGGAACAUACCUUUUUUGAUGAGAAGACAGCUCGUAGGCCAGAGAUACAAUGUUCGGACUUCUUAGGAACAACUUUGAUGUUAACCGAGGCCCCAAACGCAUUGAGCAGCUUACAAAAGAACAUGGAUGAAAUGAUUAUGGAGGAAUGGGGGUUUGGUGGGUAUGUACGGUACCUGGCUCCCUGCCUCAAUGCCUGGAACGAGGUCCGAUCCCUCUUCGGAGACCCCCCUAGCCUGGAUACGAAUUCGCCAAUCAUUCCAGCUGAGUGUAUGUUGGUCGUCGAUUCGGGUUAUUCUCACACGACUGUAACUCCCGUAUACCAAGGACGUCCGAUCCAACGAGCGAUACGGAGACUUGAUAUUGGAGGGAAGCAUCUUACAAAUUACCUGAAGGAACUGGUUUCAAUUCGACAAUAUAAUAUGCUGGAUGAAACACACAUUAUCAACAGUGUUAAAGAAGCAGUUUGCUAUGUCAGUCAUGAUUUCAACGCGGAUAUGGAAAAAACGUGGAAAGGACGGAAAGAUGGCCCCACCGACAUUGUGGUUGAUUAUGUUCUACCGGACCCAGGUGCACAUAAAAAGGGGUAUAUGCGGCCGCACGACAGCCUCUUGGCUGCUGAGAAAAGGAAAGGACUCAUUACUGGGGUUAAUCCCUCCGCAGCAGAGGAUGUUCUUGUUCUAGGGAAUGAGCGGUUUACUGUGCCAGAGAUACUGUUUAAUCCCCAGGAUAUUGGACUCCAACAACCAGGGAUAGCUGAUAUGAUAUUGCAAUGCUUGUCUGUUAUUCCCACGGGCCUUCAUCCAUCGUUUCUGGCAAACAUCUUUGUUGUUGGGGGGAAUGCAUUGAUCCCAGGGUUUAUAGAGCGGUUGGAAACUGGAGUCCGGCAUCUAGCGCCCACGGAGUGUGUCGUUCGCGUGAAGGCUGGCCCGGAUCCCAUCCGUUCAACCUGGUUAGGGGCAUCUAGGCUGGCGACCAACCUGGAAUCCAUGAAAGAAAUUGCGAUUACUCGGCAACAAUACCAGGAAUACGGUUCAGCCUGGGCCUGGAAAAAGUUUACUGGGUGA